CCCGUGGCUCCCUGGUCUGCGCCUGCGCAGAGAACUCAGCACGGAGGUGGCCGAACUGUGGGGAGGGGCCGGAGUGGGCGCAUGGAAGACCCAAGGUCGAGGGCCAACCCCAGUCCCCGGGCUCCAAUGAGAAACAGACCCCACGAGAGGGCAGAUUAUCUAAAGACACAGGGAAAAUGGUGGAAAACUCACCGUCGCCAUUGCCAGAAAGAGCGAUUUAUGGCUUUGUCCUUUUCUUAAGCUCCCAAUUUGGCUUCAUACUAUAUCUCGUGUGGGCUUUUAUUCCUGAAUCUUGGCUAAACUCCUUAGGCUUAACCUAUUGGCCUCAAAAAUACUGGGCCGUUGCGCUGCCUGUGUACCUCCUCAUUACUGUAGUGACUGGUUACGUGCUCUUAUUCGGGAUAAACAUGAUGAGUACCUCUCCACUCAACUCCAUUCAUACAAUCACAGAUAACUAUGCCAAAAACCAACAGCCGAAGAAAUACCAAGAAGAGGCCAUCCCAGCAUUAAGAGAUAUUCCUAUUAGUGAAGUAAACCAAAUGUUUUUUCUUGCAGCCAAAGAACUUUACACCAAAAACUGAAUUGUACAUAGACUAAUACCAAACAUUUAUUACAGGUUUUUAAUGGGAGAAUUUCGACCAUAGUAAUUUUGACUGUCUUUCUGAUUAAUAUCCAGUAUUUAAAUGUUAAAAAAAAAAAGAAAGAAAAAUGUAAGUUGAACUUCUCUUAGAUUAAGUUCUAUUAAUAUUAUAAAUGUUAUCAAAUAGUAGUUACUAAUGGACAGAGUAAGUAAAAUACUGCAUUACCGUA